AAAAAAUAAAAGGGGUGCCAAGAAGCUGGGACGGAGGAACGUGGGUGUAAAUAGACAGUGAACGCUGUUGCUCUCUCUCUCUUUUACUCUCUCUCUUCUCUCCCUCCCUCCCCCUUCCUCUUUCCCUCUGUGUCUGUCUCUCUUUUAUGAAAUCAAUGAACGAGUUAUUGAGGAGGACAUAAAUAUAAGGAAUCAAAGCCUCCAUCGGGACCAGCGCCUUUUUUAUACGUGUCUUUGCCAAACGCUACAUGUGUUUUCCAAUCAGUGUACAUACUGGCUGUGAUAGGACGAGAGAGGAGCAUCUUUGGCACGGCUUGGUGGUCUCGGAGACAAAUCUUCAUCCUUGUUUGUUUCUUUUCCUUUUAUCAAAACGAUUCUCCAUCAUCCGCCGCUGCCGUCUCCAUCCCAACUCAGUGGCAGGCAGCUCCGACGAAAGAUGGCAACUUUAACCAACGGGCAGGUGGACGGCACCGUGCACGGUGUCGUGUCCGUCAGCACGAACGGGCUCGUGAACGGAUUAAGCCACGGCAGCCCGGUGGGAUGUCCGGCCACCAUACCCAUGAAGGACCACGAUGCCAUCAAGCUCUUCAUCGGCCAGAUCCCACGCAACCUGGACGAGAAGGACCUCCGGCCCCUGUUCGAGGAGUUUGGCAAGAUCUACGAGCUCACCGUGCUCAAAGACCGCUUCACGGGCAUGCACAAAGGCUGUGCCUUCCUCACCUACUGUGCCAGAGAGUCAGCCCUGAAAGCCCAGAAUGCAUUGCAUGAGCAGAAGACCCUGCCAGGAAUGAAUAGACCGAUCCAGGUGAAGCCAGCAGACAGUGAGAGUCGAGGAGAAGACAGAAAGCUCUUUGUGGGCAUGCUCAACAAGCAGCAGUCAGAAGACGACGUGCGGCGCCUUUUCGAGUCCUUCGGCAACAUCGAGGAAUGCACCAUCCUCAGAGGUCCUGACGGAAACAGCAAAGGCUGUGCGUUUGUAAAGUACUCCUCUCACGCUGAAGCUCAGGCAGCCAUCGGUGCACUACACGGCAGCCAGACAAUGCCCGGAGCCUCGUCCAGUCUGGUGGUAAAGUUCGCUGACACGGAUAAGGAGCGCACCAUUCGCCGCAUGCAGCAGAUGGCUGGUCAGAUGGGCAUCUUCAACCCUAUGGCCCUGCAGUUUGGAGCCUACGGAGCCUACGCUCAGGUGCAGCAGCAGGCAGCGCUGAUGGCGUCUGUGGGCCAAGGGGGCUACCUCAGUCCCAUGGCAGCUUUUGCUGCAGCCCAGAUGCAGCACAUGGCCACCAUCAAUGGCCUCCCAGGAGCGCCAAUGACCCCCACGUCAGGAGGCAGCACUCCCCCAGGCAUCAGCGCCCCCACGGUGACCAGCAUCCCCUCUCCCAUCAGUGUAAAUGGUUUUACAGGCAUCCCGCCCCCGCAGGCGAACGGGCAGCCACCAGCAGAAGCUGUUUUCACCAACGGGAUACAUCAUUACCCAGUGUUGCAGGAGGUGGUUUUUAGGGAGGACUCAGAGAAAAACGGCUUGGGCGUGGCUCCACGGAGUUGUUUUGGGGUUCAGGGUGGCUGCUUCCUCUCCUCUCUCUCUGAAGCUCAAAGUCCCACUGCAGCCGACCCUCUCCAGCAGGCGUACACAGGAGUCCAGCAGUACGCAGCAGCCUAUCCCGCUGCAUACGGUCAUAUCAGCCAAGCCUUCCCCCACCCUCCACCCAUCAUUCCUCAGCAGCAACGAGAAGGACCUGAAGGCUGCAAUCUGUUCAUCUACCACCUUCCUCAGGAGUUUGGGGAUGGAGAGCUCAUGCAGAUGUUCCUGCCUUUUGGUAAUGUCAUCUCCUCCAAAGUGUUUGUGGACCGGGCGACAAACCAAAGUAAAUGCUUUGGGUUUGUUAGCUUCGACAACCCAGGUAGCGCCCAAGCUGCCAUCCAAUCCAUGAACGGCUUCCAGAUCGGCAUGAAAAGACUGAAGGUUCAGCUCAAAAGGCCAAAGGACGCCAACCGCCCCUACUAGCCACCGCCCUGGACAGCCACUGCCACUGUGGCGGGCAGGGCAGCCAUCGUGCACAGAGGAAGACAGGAUUUCUUGAGCUGAGCGCGUUGAUCACUUGCCACCCACCACUGAGUGCAUAACGCAACAUCUGGACCACCGGGGCUGCUUGGGAGUAGGAUAGGAGCAUCGAGCGAGUGACGGUCAUCGCCCUUUGGAUGUACUUAAACUUUUGGAACUCAGAGAGGAUUUGUACCAGCCUGGUUAGCACCAGGACUUCUUUUCUCCUGCACACAUAUACACACCUCUUCCACCACAAAACCCUGCUUGAAUGACGACUACCUUGUCUGGACCACACUUUUACUUGAACAUUAAAGGGGGGGGGGGGCAUCAAAGAUACAAUAUAACAAACCUAUUUACAAUGACCAAUCCCACUGAACUCUAUAUGGAUGUCAAAAGUCCAACAGGAAAAAAAAACUUUAAAAAAAAAAAACAAUAGUGGAUUGCCGUAGGAGAUCUUUCUGUGAGACCACUUGAGGUUUUUGGACAAGUGACUUUUGAAGAUCCAUUUCUAAGACUUGAAACAAGGAGGUACAAGUUCUCGGAGAACUAAAAUAUGUGACAUAUUCAGGACACAAAAUGGCUCAGACUUGGGAUGGCCAUCGUCAGCGCGGAGUGCCUGCUCGUUUCCAGGGGAUACCGUUGCCGAGGAGAGCCAUAGCAACGGGAUUCCAGGGAGUCUUAUCUGUCAUUCCUUAGUUGUUUUAGGGACCAAAAGACCAAACAUUUUUAUUGCUGAGGACUUGUAGCGCUAAUAUACUCGGACCACCGCAUCUCCUGCAGUCAGUGUAAACUGCUCGGAGAGUUGCACUUAAAAACAAAUGUACAUUUCGAAUAUAUACAAAACGUGUACAUAUACAUAUAUAUUGCUGAUAUGCUUUUUUUGGAAUACGGGCAAAACUAUUUCAGACGACCAAAAAAGGGUCAUUCACUUCUCUAGUUUACAAUUACUUAAAAAUGUUUAUUCUUUUCAUUUUGUCUCGGGAGGGACGGCGCGUGCAUGGGAGGGGCUGCUCCGUAUCACAGCCUUAUCUUUUUUAAAUUGACAUCUUAACCUCAUAGAUAGAAUAACAUCAGAAACGUUUGAAUAUAUGAACUUGUUUAUAUUUGCAGUACAGAUAUAUGUAUAACAAGCAUUGAAGCAAAUGUAUUCAUAUAUACAGCAUAUAUGGAUAAAGCUAUUAAUCACAAAUAUAUGUAUUUAUAUGCACAUAUUUUAUAUAUGUGUGUCUGUAUAUAGAACGCCUACUGACUACAUUGAGAUGUAAUUUUUUUGUAGAUUUUAGCAGGAGUUUGAAGCAUUGCUCUGCUUGGGAAGAAUCGCAAAUCUGGCAGCUCCCAAAACUGCAGGCAUUCCUAUCUCUGAUUACCUAGAUGCUGACUCAAAAUAAUAUGUUUCUGAGUAAUAAGAGCAAAUGCAAAAAGCCACAUCUCAGUAGCAGGCUUUAAGAGAAUCAGGCUUAAUGAUUUUAGAUGGAGAGAAACAAAAAAAAAAAGGACAAUUAUCUUGGACUUUUUUCCAGAAACGUAUUAUUUAAGCUUACACACACACACACACAAACUUCUCUUUGAAACUUGAACCAAAAUGAAAACAUCUCACGACCCCUUUCUCUCUCUUUUGCAUUCGGUAAAGUGCAUGUAGCGUAUGGGCUGUCACCGUGUAAAGGUGUGCCUUGUCACCUGCAGAGUCUGCCAUCCAGCACUGUGCUCCCAGAAAACAGACAAAGAAGCAAAGAAAUAAAAUAAAAAAAUUUAAAAAACUGAACACAAGCAAGCAGCCAAUGCGCUUUUUAUGAUGUCAAAAACCAGAGCCAGAUCCAUAUCAGCCACAUAGAGCGUUUCGGUGCAUGUCAAAUAUAACAAAUCGUGCAAUCACUGUCAGUCCACAGCCGUCUUAAAAAAAAUACUGCAUUUAGAACUAAAGUUGACACAUGCGCUUACACUUCAUACAAAAGCGGGCAUUAAGUAACCUGUUCGCGCAGGUGCUAACUAUCAAAGCUGUGUGCAGAGCGCCUGUGACUCCUGUCCACUGGUUGCAGGAAAGACACAGAGUCUAGGUUUGAGUCGCAGCUGGUCCACCGAGGCUGAACGAGAGAUGAGCCUGAACCUCCUGGACUGAGCAGCAUCAUUUAAAUGGUUAUGACAGUGGUGCAGUGGCUGUGAAGAUGUUGGAGAGCUAGCUUCCCACAGAACAGAAAAAGAUGAAAGGUUUUAUGAACAGACUGGCACACUGAAGCAAUAGUUCAGAUCUUUUGAAGUGGGCUUCUAUGGAUACGUUAUAAACAAAUUACCAAAUCUUAAUAAAUAGUAUCACAUUAACAUUGACUGGCUCAACGAGCUAAUGGCUACUCUAAGCAGAGCAAAGUCCAAGGCGGAUCGUUGCCAUUUUAAAACUACUCCAGACUCAACUAUUUUGUAGUGGUUCGUGUGAAUGCUGUUUUAUGAACGCUCAGAUUUAUAUACACGUCAUUUACAAAGAAUUUUAUGGUUAUUUGCGAGAGCAAACAGCAGCAGCUGUUAGCUGUAGCACUUAUGAUGCAGUCUGAUGCACUUCUAGUAGGAAUUAGAGCCCAACUGAUGUAUCGGUAGGGUCGAUACAGGUGUUUGGGGACAUAUCAGUAUCUGUGAUAAUUGCUCAUUAUGCGCCGAUAUAAACACUUCUGAUUUUCACCUCUAAAAUGCUGGGAACAAGCCAUGUCCUUACUUGCAAAUGGUGUAAUUCUACAAUGUAUCCAGCAGAGGGCGCAUGAUGACUACUUUCAAGUCAUGGCCACUCACAUUGCAGCCGAAGCAGGGAGCGACUAAAAUACAGCGUAGCGUAUUUUGCUG